GAAAUACACUAGAGUCAUUAUAUUACGAAGUAAACAAAUAUGGAUUUGCUUCUCCAGAUGGUGUUUGUCCUUAUCUUGGAGUUGGUGGACUUAUACCGGAUAAUAUUCUUGAUGCACAAAAUGGGACAGUAUUUAACACUGCUAAAGAAUACACCGAACUUCUGUGGGCUAUUAAAGGUGCAGGAAAUGCUGAUUAUGAAACUAUUACAUCUUUAACCCUCAGGAUACAUCCUGUCCAGAAGACUGUAACUUCUUUUUCAUUUGAAUAUGAUUGGGAUCAGAUUCCAUUAUUGACGUAUGCUGAAGAUGAUUUGUACAUUUUCCUUGCUCGUAACGCAGGAUCACGUUAUGAUGCCGGAUAUUAUAAAGUAAAAUCAUUAUUAAUUCGGCUGGGUUCUGGGUUGUCUGAUGAAGGAGCUAAAUAUCUAGUGAAAUUUAUGGAAAAGUUCACGUGUAAUAUUAGAGCUGAGAUGUUACUAUUUGGUGGUGAAAAAGUUAAUGAAAUUGGGAGAAAUGAAACUGCACUUGUCAACAGAGGUUUUAUGAACCAUCUGGAAAUUAAAAUAGAUGUGACUUCUGAAAUAUCUUUAUGGGAUUUAGAUCUUUUUUCUUAA